AUGAGGUCGACCCAGGUGGGCGAGUCCGACACUCGUGAGGGCUAUUACCUGGACAAAGGAAGUCUCUACACUGUAGGCAAAGGCAAUAAACCAAACCUCCAAUUAUCGAGCGGCAUCGCUCUGUUGAAGGCCGAGUUCCUUCUCAAUUCCAUUGCCCUGAGACUCGUCGAAGCAUUCCGUCUUGACUCGGGUUUUAGCUUACUCCGCUCCCAGGCUGUCCGGCAACGAAGCCAGCUACAACCCGAGUCGACAUGCACAACGACGAAACAACUGUUUGACUGGUCGUCACCGGCGACCAGUCGUCUGUAG